GUAACUACUCUUGUUCCAUGGAAUGGGCCAUAUUUCAUAGUCAUUAUUUGUUUUUUUUUUGUGUAAAACAUUAAAACUAAUGACAUGAUUAUGUUCUCAUAAUAACUGGACGGUGUACUUCAGUGAAAGUGACCGAAUGCUAGGCCUUGAAAAUAUGCAGACCGAAGAAGACAAUACUCCAGUCUUGAAUAAGAAAAAAAACGACAACAAAGGUCAACAUUCGAACGACAACGUUUCUACUUCUGGUGACAAAACUGAUUCCAAAAAGAGUGAAAAAUCUGACGGAGAAGAUCCAAAACCUCGUAUCGUUUUGACUUUUCGUUCUGAAAAAUCUGGUGCCAAAUCAAGCAACAUGAAAAUAGUGCCAAAUGACGAAAAACACGAUGAGAUUUCACCUCGCCGAUCAAGUAGAACGCGUGGCAAAUGGGAAUGGUCUGAUGAGGCAGACUCCUCUGCGUCCCCCAAGAAGGACAAAGACAUAAGUCAACCGGUUUCUGAGAAUGACGACGGUUCCGACAGUAGCCCUGCUCCAUCAAAGCGACCCACUAGACGAGGUGCAUAUGCGCCGCUUUACAAUAUGUAUGCGAUGUCCAGGAAAGAAAAAUCUGAAACAACAGGAACUACUCAAAGAUUAUCCCGAAGAAUUAAGCCUACUGCCAAAAUACUGGCGAAUGAAGAGUUAAGAAUUGGACUAGAGUCUCAAAACAAUGCUCGUUUGGGUAUACAGACUGAAAAAUCUGAAGAAGGAGUUAAAACAAGAAGAUCAGCUCGUCCUGCAGUGUCUGAUGUGGAGGCUACAUCCACUGUUGUUACCAAGAAGGAUCCGAAGAUUACUAAAGUAAUAGAUGUUGAGGAAAUUGUUGACGAAGACUCAAAUUCAGAUGGUAAACAGGAUCCAAACAGAGUUAAGAAAUUGAAACACUUGUGUGAGCUUGGCCUCAAAGCGAUUGAUUCAGAUUCUGUUGAUGAUGAAGUGGAUACUGAAGAAAUGGAUUUAGAUGAGGAAGUUGAUGAAGAAGAAGAUGAUGAAGUUGAAUUAGAAGAAGAAGAUGAAAUGGAUGAUGAUUCAGAGGAAGUCAUCAGCAAAUUACUCGAAGCUGAUGAAGACAGCAGUGAAGAUUUUAUGUGUACACUGGGAUCUUCACAGAGCAAGCAUCCUCGCCGUUCCACUAGACUAUGUUCAUCAUAUGGAGGGCAAGAUGUUGAAAGGCAGUCACCUCUUCCCGAAGAUGAUGAGCAGAAAGAAUACUGUCCCCCGUCUAAAAGAAACCGAUCCCGGAGGCGUGCUGAUCAACCAGAGGUGGAUCAAGAAGAUGAGGGGAGUGAACCAGCUGGUGGGGAUGAAGGGGCGGAAGCGGCUUGUCCUGAUGAUGAAUCUGCUAUAGUAGCGACCUGCUACUGUGAGACGCCUAGCAAUGUGUAUGCAGCACCUAGUGAGCUCACAGAGCCGGUGUUCUGCCAAGCGGUGGAGUCCGUGGAGGGCGCGCGGGUGGGGUGCUCGCACGGGGCGGGGCGCGCGCGCGGCGGGGCGCUGGCGGCCAUGCUGCGGGCGGGGCCCCGCGCGCCCUUCCUGCUCACGUGCCGCCUGCACGCCGCGCAGCUGCGUCGCCACAUGGCGUGCCCCGUCUGCGGACUGUUCUGCACACAGGGUAUAUUCUACCAGUGUUCCGUUGGACACCUGUUCCACCUGGAGUGUGGGCUGCCGUCCAGCGAGACGAAGGCCGGCGUCGGUUGUCCCCACUGCGGCGUGCGCUCGUACCGCUGGCAGCCCGUCAACACUGACUGCUGCAAGGUCAAGGUGCAGAUGCACUCCAGCAACAAGCGGGUCUACCUGCCCGAUCAGCGGGAACAAUGCACCCAAGCGUACCUUAGUUUCACAAAAACUGAGCCCCCGCCAGCGGAUUUCACAUUUGGAAUUCCUGUUGAUCUUCUCCCACCGACACCAAUCGAUCUCAAGAGUUUGUGUAUGAAGAAAGACGAUGAUUAUGAUCAAGAGGCCAUUAUUGAAGCUGCACAGCAGCUCUGCGAUGCAAUACUGACCAUGGAGCCUGUGGAAAAGAUCAUCCCAAAAAUUAGUGAGUAUAUCCUAAAUGAACAUAAUUUUAAGUGUAUAUGUACGAGAACCAUAUAUACGUUUGCAGAAUGACUUAUCAUAUUUCGUCAAUCUGA